UCUGACUUGGCGCCGCUGGUCCGGCAGCUGCAGAGCAGAGAUUGACGCAAAGCCGACAGCCUCUCCAGAUACUGGGCUCCCGAGCAGCCGGAGCCUCGUACCGCGGGCUGCAUUGUUUAACCCGUAAACAGAGGCUGACACAGCAGAGCCGGUGAUCCGGUUCUACCGUCUGAAUGUGUGGAAUACCGCCCGCAUCGGCGACUGGAUACUCAUAAUCUGCUCGGAAACACCUACCAAAAAUCGGCAGUUGAGGAGGAUCGAUGUAAAUUUUGGCAGCAAAGUAAACCGCUAUAAAAUGGCAACCGCCGCCCGCUCCCGGCAACCGUAGACCGAGAGUCAGCUGGUCCUCAGCAGCUCCAUGUGUCCACGCUGAUCUUCUAGCUCAGCUCUUCCCUCCCAUCGGGCUCCCUCUCUGUGUGGAGGCAUCAUGUCGGCGGCGCAGACCCAGAAGGAGAGCAGCGAGGCGGGCUGGGGCUGUCUGGAGGCUCUGGGCCUCAGUCAGAAGGAGCUGGUCCUGGCCGAGGCCCUGCAGAUGGAGUACGAUGCCCUCUCCAGACUCAAACAGGACAAGGGUGGUACUGGGACCAACCAGACCCCUGGCUCUACAGCUCCCAGACAAACCCGCUCCAAGACCCCGAAUCCCACCAUCGAACACCCUCGACCCAUCCCCUCUGAGCCUAGUCCUCCCCCUACAGGAGGAGGCCUGCUGAGGGGCCUCUCUGGCUCCGACCCCUCCCUGAAUCAGCCUGGAGGGUCACAGUCGCUGCAUUCCAUGCCAGCCAGGGCGCUCCCUCCUCAGGGGAGCUACAUCAAAGACUCCCUGUACAUCCUGGACAGUCCGGAGGUCAGCAAGUUCAGAGACUGCUCAGGUUCGAGUCUCAGGGACUCAAAUGAAUCUGGGUCAGGGAUUCUUCCCAAAGGUUUCCCACCUCUUCCUGAUGAUAUCCCUCCUGCCAUCCCUCCAAGAAACCCCAUCCCCCCGUCGACGGGGUCAAUGAACCCUUUCCUACCCUCUAGAGGGUCCACUGUGCCCCGCAAUGUCAACCUGUUCACGCCCGAUGUGGAUCAGCCCAAAGUGACCUCAGGGGAGCUGAACUAUGACAACAUCAACGACUCGCUGUCCCGACUCAACGAGAGCCAACAUGGGCCUCGAGGUCGGAGGGUAAACGGGGAACAAUCAGGGAAGCCUGUGGCUCGGAGUAAGACCCUCCCCCCUCAAGUUCCGCCCAGGACAUACAUACCUGUCCCGAAGAGCAACAAGAACCAGCGGCGGGUAUCUGCAGACCCGGUGUCUCUGGUCUCCAGGAUGAAUGGAUUUGGAUAUGAACUGUUCCAGGUGUCCCAGGAGAGAGAUGAGGAGGUGGCAGCUUUCUGCCACAUGCUGGACAUUUUACGUUCGGCGUUCCCACACAAUGACCGCUCAAAGAACGCCGGCUUCGUUUGGUCUCCGUCCGUCGGCCAGGAGGAGCUGCAUCAGGGUCUGGGGGUCAGCGUGAAGGUGACUGUCAUCAGCGAACACUUCAGGGAGCCCCUUACCUUUACCUGUGAUGGUUCGUCCACGGUGGAUCUGCUGAUCUAUCAGACUCUGUGUUACGCUCAGGAUGAUCUGGAUCACAUGGAUGUGGAUCAUUACCUGCUGAAGGUCUGCGGACACAACGAGUUCCUCAACAACUCUCAGACUCUGGCCGGUCUGGAGUUCGUUCAGCAGUGUCUAAAGUUUGACUGGGACAUCCAACUGUUCCUCACCAAGAGAUCUGCCAUCAACACGGAGCUGGCCCGCACGAAAGAAGACGAUGAGACGUUGUCCACCAUGAACCACAGCAUCCUGCUGCAGGAGCGUCCAAUCAAACAGACCGUCACCAGGGAGGCUCUGACUCUGCUGCUGGAUACCUUUCAUAAUGAAGCCGAGUCCUUCCUGCUGUCAGAGGUGGAUCUUCCGCUGCACGUAGAGCGUCUCGUCCAAUCAGUGAAGGCCCUCUGCAGCUCGUUAGCUGCCGUGGAGACGCCUGAUGUCACCUCCGCCCUCAACCAGCUCCCAGCAUGCCCCUGUCGUCUGCAGCCCAAAGUCCUCAAGGAUGCUUCAGUGCUGGCUGUCAGAGAGAACAGAGAGAAAGUGGUGGAGAAGUUGACGGUGGCCAUCUUGGAUCUGGUGGAGCUGUACUGCAGCACGUUCAACGCCAACUUCCACACAACGCCGCAGAGUCAGUGCUGCACGGCGCCCGUUCAGGAGGCCGGCCUUGUCACCAACGUGCUCUCCUUCAACGUGUACGCCGCUCAUCGCAUCCCCAUCACCUGGGCUGCCAGUUACGAGGGUUUCUUCCUGUCCUGCUCUCUGACUCAUGGAGGGGCGGAGCUCUGCGCACCGCAGCACACUAGCAAACAGUCAGUCAGCAAAUACCUGUUCCACCUCGUGGUAUGGGACCAGAGGGUUUGUUUCCCGGUGCAGAUCAACCAGCUGCCCAGAGAGUCGCAGCUGACGGUCACUCUGUACGCCAGCUCUCUGCCACCACCCGGUGGAGCUGACGAGAAGGGGAAGCAGCGCCGCAGCAUCGAGGCUCUGGGCUGGGUCACCAUGCCGCUCUUCAACUUCAGACAUGUCCUGACGUGUGGCAGGAAGUUGCUCGGUCUGUGGCCUUCAGCUCCAGGGAGGAGCGGAAACGCCCGGACGAGUUCGCCGAACUUCAGCCAACCGGACAGCGUGAUCCUGCAGGUGGACUUUCCCACGUCGUCGUUCGAGGUUCACUUCAGUACUCCUCCUCCUGCAGACUUCUGUCCUCAGUAUGACUUCUCCAAACUGGACACCAUCAGUCAGAUCCAGCUCCAGGAUGUCUUUCACAAGAAGGCUGUCUUCUGGCUGACAGCAGAGGAUAAGCGUCUGCUGUGGGAGAAGAAGGCCUUCUGUCAGGCAGAGAGUGCAGCUCUGCCUCUGGUUCUGGCCAGCGCCCCCUGCUGGCAGUGGGCCUGUCUGCCUGACAUCUACGCCCUACUGAGGCAGUGGGCCUGCCUUGGUCACCUGGACGCCCUGGGACUCCUCCAUGCCUCGUUCCCGGACCAGGAACUGAGGAGGACGGCUGUUCAGUGGAUGGACUCCAUCUCAGAUCCGGAAUUACUGGACUUCCUGCCUCAGCUCGUCCAGGCUCUGAAGUACGAGUGUUACCUGGACAGUUCACUGGUUCGUUUCCUCCUACGGAGAGCCAUGGGGGACAUUCGCAUCGCUCACUACCUCUUCUGGCUGCUGAAGGACAACCUGCAGGACAGUCAGUUCAGCGCUCGCUAUCAGCACCUUCUGGCCGCUCUGCUCUGCUGCGUUGGCCGAGGUCUCCGUGAGGAGUUCGACCGUCAGUGCUGGCUCGUCUCCGUCCUCGCCAAGGUGGCCCGCAAAGUCCGAGAGGUCACCCCGUCCAGCAGACAGUGUGUCCUCAGGGAGGGUCUGGGGGAGAUGAAGCGGUUCUUCUCAGUGAACAGCACCUGCAGACUUCCUCUGAACCCGGCGCUGCUGGUCAAAGGGAUCAACAUCCAGUCGUGUUCCUUCUUUAACUCCAACGCUGUUCCUCUCAAACUGUCCUUCCAAAACCUCGACCCUCUGGGAGACAACAUCAACGUCAUCUUCAAGUCAGGAGACGACCUGCGGCAGGACAUGCUCACUCUGCAGAUGAUCCGCAUCAUGAACAAGAUCUGGAUCCAGGAGGGUCUGGACAUGAGGAUGGUCAUCUUCAAAUGUUUUUCCACCGGCAGAGGACGAGGUAUGGUGGAGAUGAUUCCUCACGCUGACACUCUGAGGAAGAUCCAGGUGGAACAUGGAGUCACUGGGUCCUUUAAGGACCGAACGCUGGCCGAUUGGCUGCAGAAGCACAACCCUACCGACGAGCAGUACGACAAGGCGGUGGAGAACUUCAUCUACUCGUGUGCCGGCUGCUGCGUGGCGACCUACAUCCUGGGAAUCUGCGACCGGCACAACGACAACAUCAUGCUGAAGACCAGCGGUCACAUGUUCCACAUCGACUUUGGGAAGUUCCUGGGACAUGCGCAGAUGUUUGGGAACAUCAAGCGGGACCGCGCCCCCUUCGUCUUCACCUCCGACAUGGCGUAUGUCAUCAACGGAGGAGACAAACCGUCAAGUCGCUUCCACGAAUUUGUGGAUCUGUGCUGCGAGGCGUACAACCUGAUCAGGAAACACACACACCUGUUCCUCAACCUGCUGGGCCUGAUGUUGUCUUGUGGGAUCCCUGAACUCUCAGAUCUGGAGGACCUGAAGUAUGUCUAUGACGCACUGAGACCGCACGAGUCUGAGGCCGACGCCACCAUGUACUUCACCAGAUUGAUUGAGUCCAGUCUGGGCAGCGUCGCCACCAAGCUCAACUUCUUCAUCCACAAUCUGGCUCAGAUGAAGUUCACCUCGUCGGAGGAUCGGCCCACGCUGUCGUUCGCUCCCAGAUUUCACACGGCGAAGAGCGACGGCCUCAUCAGGAACCUGUACAUCUGCAGACACAUCCGCACCGCCAACCCCAGCAAGGGAUACGCCUAUGUGGUGAAGGUGGAGCGUGAAGGCCAGCAGGAGGCGCAGUUGGUUCAAAGGACGUUUGAAGAGUUUCAUGAACUUCACAGCAAACUGAGACUCAUGUUUCCCUCAUCCAAACUGCCCAGAUUCCCGAGUCGCUUUGUGAUUGGUCGGUCUCGUGGUGAGGCGAUGGCUGAUAGGAGGAAAGAUGAACUGAAUGGUUACGUGUGGCACCUGAUCCACGCCGCCCAAGAGAUCGCUCAGUGUGAUCUCGUCUACACCUUCUUCCACCCGCUGCCCCGAGAUGAGAGACCAGGAACAGCGAGCGUCAAACCAGCAGAGAUGUCGUGGUCUCCAGCUUCAGGCAAAGAGCUCGGCGAGGUCAAAUUGUCAAUCUCCUACAAGAACGAUAAGCUCUUCAUCAUGGUCAUGCACAUACGAGGCCUGCAGCCCCUGCAGGACGGCACAGACCCGGACCCCUAUGUGAAAGUCUACCUGCUCCCAGACCCUCAGAAAACCAGCAAGAGGAAGACGAAGGCAGCACGACGCACCUGUAACCCCACCUACAACGAGAUGCUGGUGUACGAGCGGAUCCCUCGUGGGGACCUGGACCAGAGGGUGAUCCACCUGCGAGUUCUUGGUGACGGGGCUUUCUGGGAGAACACCCUGCUGCUGGGGGAGACCUUCAUCCCUCUGAAGAGGCUGGUCCCAGGUCAGCACUGGGUGGAUUGGCACCAGCUGGGCGCCGCCGGUUCAGACUCCACCCACUGACGGACAGGAAACGGGAAGGGCUGGGUUUAAAGGGAAGGGAAGAGAAGAAACAGAGAAGCGUUUCUCCUGAUGAGGACAGAAGACAAAAGGAAAAUCCUUUCAAAGUAAAAGCCGUGUGGCUGAUCCUCCCUCAGUGUGUGAGGGAGUUUAGUGCCGCAUUUGAAGCUGCAGUGUCGUCAUCACAAAGUUUGAUUUGUAUUUUAACACAAAAAUCUGGACUUGUAUUGGUAAUUUAUUUGAUUAAUAAUCACUUGAAAAGGUUUCGUGAGUGAGGCAGAUUAAUUUUCAUGAUCAAGCUCUUUAAACAAACUCCUCUGAGAUUUUAAGUGAGCAAACUCUCCAGUGAAGUGACUUCAAAGUAAAGUUAAAUUGAGUUCCAAGCUCUCAUGUUAAAUCAGACUUUUUCCGAAUGGACAUGUCUUCAUGAAGACGUGUUGAGUCUGAAUUCAUGCCUUUAUUUUGAAGAGAAGAUGAAAUUGUUUCCUGUUCGGACUCCGUGAUGCUUCUUCCUCUUCUUCUUCAGCAUAUUUUCAGACGAAGAGCUGAACACCAAACCCCGUUCGGAUGAGCUCAUCUCCGUUUUCCAGCAGGGUUUCCUACUUCUGGUUUGAGUUUUGCUUCUUACUGAUGAUUUUAUUAUUUUAAUACUUAAUACCUUUAAAAAUUUCUGUUGCCCAGAAGACAAACAGAUGAAGUGGAAAAUUAAUAUAAUAAUAAUAAUUAUACUUAAAACACUUAGUAUCUCAUGCUGGGAAACAGAAAUGAUGUAGAAAAUGCACAUUAACUGUUCAGAAGUUGGUUAACAUUUUACAUAAUUUUGUUGUGAAUGAUUUUGACAAAGAAACAUUUUGUUUUGACUUUGUUUCAUGAUCAGUGAAAUCAGAGGAAAGGACCCAGUUGAGUCAUUUUCCAGGACUUUUUAAGGACUGAAAUGCUGCAUCUUCCAGAUUCCAGGAACAUUUCAUGCAGCUUUUUCAUGUCCUGACACAGAACAGACACAUAACUCACACCCGACUUCGUGUGUGACUUCAGCACAAAACACACUGUGUAGGCGAAGAGUUUUAACUGUAAGCUGCAGCAGCGCAGCUUUAGCCUGAAUGUUGCUAACAGGAAGUGGCUCAAGUCGAGUCUGGUUUGAGUCCAGCACUGUAAAAAAAGAAAACGCACUGCAGGAUAUUUUUAUAGCAAGGAUGAAGAUUUGAUUUUCUAUCUGUGGUGCACGUGAGCUUCUUAAACUUCCUGCUGCUGCUCAGUUUGCCUUCCAGCCUGUCGUCCUCUGCUUUCUGUUCAACUCUGAAUAAUCUGCCGGCUGUUUGUUUCUACAUUUCAUUCUUUCUUUUUUUAAUCAUCUUUUGUGUGUAAUUUUGUACAUUUUGGGAAAGACUCGUGGCCAUUUUAACCUGCCUCUGCGGGUUGCAGUGCACACUGGCGAGAAGCGAGUGCUUUCCUGCGGGUUGUUUUUGCGCUGUAGACGAGACAAACUGAGGACGUGAACCUGCAGGAAACGAAUUCCACUGAUCUGAUCCGUUCAGCACAUUUUUCCAAAUGCAAAACAUGUUUGAAAUGGCUCCAGUAAAACCUGGAGUCAUCAGAAAAUCUGAGGAGAAAGUUAACAUUUCAGUCUAAAUGUUUUUCCUAACAUAUUUGAGAUUAAAGGUGCAGUUUGUAAGAAGUAGGCGUAAUUUUUUAAAACAUUUUAAAAUGAACUAACAUCAAUAGAGUAUGAAGAAACAGCAGUGCUGCUCAGACGAGACAGAUACGAAAUAAAACUCACUCAAACUGUCCUGGUUUGUCUUUCCAGCAUCACCUCUGGUUUGGUCCAAACAUCCUCAGUUCAGACUGAGACGUGAAAAUAAGCUCCUCUGAGUUCUGGCCACAUUUUAAAAGUUGCCCCUUUAAGAAUCAUGUCAAAUUUCCUCUUUUUUAAAAGAUGCAGUUUUUUAAAUGGAGUUCAGUGAAACUCGACGAGACAGUCUGCAUCACAUCCAUCACGUUGAUGUGAUGGAAGCGAGUGAAGGUGACAGAAUGUAAGUUCAAAGUGAACAGGAUCUUAAUGUACUGUACAGACUGAACUUAAUGAAAAUGUGUCCCACCUCCGACUGACAGCCUGUUAUUAAUGUGUAACUUUCAUUUUGGAACAUAUUUUGUAUUAUUUGCACUACAAAAUAAACUUGAACUGAAAAAGG